AUGGAAAAAUUCAGGCACAACAGGGCUGACCUUCACAUGGCUUUCAUUGACCUAGAAAAAGCGUUCGACAGGGUCCCGAGAAACUUAAUCUGGCAGGCACUGCGAGCACAUAAUGUACCUGAAUACUACAUAAAUACCGUAAAGGAUAUGUACAACGAUGUCACAACCAGAGUGCGGUGCCCAGCGGGAGUGAGUGACGAGUUUGAAGUAAAGGUCGGCGUCCAUCAGGGGUCAGCUCUGAGCCCCCUUCUCUUUAACGUCGUGAUGAAUCACUUAACCGCCAGGUUGCAACAACCACCGCCAUGGACUCUACUUUACGCAGACGACAUAGUCCUCAUUAGCGAAACAUCUCACGAGCUGCAAGAAAUGCUGGAGGAAUGGAGAGUAGCGUUAGAAAGUGCAGGUCUACGGAUAAGUCGCCACAAAACAGAAUACAUGCACUGCAACUUUAGCGGCAGCCAAAACCUCCAUGCCAUUCCCUUGGACGGAACGCCCUUAAACCAAGUUAACAGUUUUAAAUAUCUAGGCUCGGUCAUUUCCUGCGAUGGUUCCAUUGAUGCCGAUGUCUCCCACAGAAUAAACACGGGCUGGAUGAAGUGGAAAGACCUAACGGGUGUUUUAUGUGACAAGAGAAUGCCGGUUACCAUUAAAGGGAAAGUCUAUAAAGCGGCAGUCCGUCCGGCCAUGGUGUACGGCGCCGAGUGCUGGCCCCUCAAAAAACAACUAGAGGAUAAGCUUCAUGCCGCCGAGAUGAAAAUGCUCCGCUGGGCAGGUGGCGUCAGCUUACUUGACCACAUCCGUAACACCUACGUCCGUGGUAGUUUCAAAGUCAGACCUUUGCCCGAAAAAUUAACCGAAGGGCGACUCCGAUGGUUCGGACACGUCAUGCGCCGAGAACCCGAACACAUGACACGUAAGGUGCUAGAUAUGUUCCCCACACAAUCCGCUACCGUCCCAACCAGCCCCACCACCGCGACCAACGACACCAAGAACGCUACAGUAACAUCGACGCCCGUCGUUCCGACGACCGCCAGCAACGACGAUAAGAGGAACGCGACUACCGCCAAGCCUGAUACCCCGGUGACGGUGCCGACGACGCAGAAGGCCCCGACCACGACGGAGAAGGCCGCCGUCACCACGGAGAAGCCACACGCUUUGCAGGCUAGAGGAUUUGACGGCGCGAGCUUCGUGGGUGGCAUUAUCCUCACGCUGGGCCUUCUCGCCAUCGGUUUCAUGGGGUUCAAGUACUACAAGGCCCAAACUGAAAGAAACUAUCAUACUCUCUAAGCUUACUGUCUAACUUCACUUCAAUUAUCUAGGUACGUAAGUGCACCUAACUUUGUUUUAUUUCACACUUAGAAGUAUUUUCAUUUGUUUGACACUGAGUGGGUGCCCUAAGCACAUGUUCAGGAUACAGGGUGAUAAUUGUGUUUAUCGAAUUCAUUGGUGGCUGGUCAUUAAGUGUUAGUG